AUGGAUUCAGAGCCCAUUGUUACUUUGGUUUUGUUCCCUCUAACCAGGCAAGAAGAAAAAUAUGCGGUCGCUGGAGAGAGUACUAGCUAUGAACCUCAAAGAAAAGAAAACUGCAGGGAGAGUCAACAUGAUGUGAACACCUGCCAGGAACCGGAGAUUGGAGGUCUUUCUUUGGAACUAAUUAAAGUUGACAGAGAAGAAGCCAAAAUGUUAGAGUUGACUGAAUUGAGGCAGGGCCUUGAUCCUUACUGCAUUAGAAAGACGCUUACUGGAAGCGAUCUUGGCAACAUGUCUAGGCUCAUGCUGGCAGCAGAGGGCAUAGAAUCUCAUGUUUUCCCAUUCUGGAAUGCUGAUCAGCUUGCAAAAAUUAAGGAAGGGUUGUCAGUGUCUGUGUGGGAUGGUGAUACACAGACUGAACAUGAGCUGGUUUUCAAACGGUGGAACAAGAGGGCCAACGUGCUUAUCAAGAAUUGGGUCAAGGACUUCGUAAGGAGGAGGGAACUGAAGCUGGGGGAUGAAAUUGGCCUUUACUGGGACACAUGCAAUUCAAGAUUCCAAUUUGCUGUCCUCAACCGAGUUGCAAGGAAUUAA